AUGGCUCUGCAGUAUCUGAUCUCGGACCAGAAGUGGGUUGAAAUCAGAGACUGGACCACGAAGCCCGUACUUGCAAACAAGAGCCGGUACCGGUUUUGGGGCCAGGUCAAGGUCGACAGAUGGCAGGCCGGAACCAACAAGACAGGGGAGGUCGUUGCGGACGUGCUGAGAAAGAUGGCCAAGGGUCUGCUGAGGGCGAGGAAGAGCAAUAGUUGCUUUCUCCUCGAGAACAAGUCAGCAGUUGAGUCUGUAGAUUCAGAAUUGCUCUGGACCUCAUACAUCCACCUUCAGAGCAAGAGCGAGGGGGAGGCGGCAGGAGAGAUGCUGUAUCUGACUGUGAACCGUUUCGACUGCCAGAAUUUCGUGCGAAUCCAUCGGUGGUCCAUAGAACAAUAG